AAUACAUUAUUUUAUUCUUUUCCUUAAAAUUUUCAGAAGAAACAACUUCAAGGUGGCAGAAUACAGAUUCAAGUUCAGUAUGAAUGAAUCCACUCAGCGGAUAGCGACCAAUAAACAAUCCCUGGAUGAUGCCUACAGUGCACCAGCUAACUAUCUUGAAAUAUCUGUAACUGAUGCUAAAACCUACGGGGAGGGAAGACAGAGGUUCACCGAUUAUGCAAUUAGCACUAAAACUAAUAUACCCGUCUUCAAGAUUAAAGAAUCAACAGUGAGGCGACGAUAUUCAGACUUUAAGUGGUUGAGAGACGAGCUGGAGAGAUCUGUUCAGAUCACCCUACCAGGGCUCCCGGGGAAAGCUUUAACUAGACAAAUUCCAUUUGUGAAAAAUGAUGACGGUAUUUUUGAAAUAGAAUUCAUUGAAGAACGGAAAACAGGGUUAGAGGAUUUUAUAAAUAAACUGGCUGGACAUCCGCUAGUACAGAACGAACAAUGUUUACAUAUGUUCCUCCUGGAACCAGCACUAGACAAGAGGAACUAUGUUCCAGGAAAGGUUCCUCAUUGAUAGGAAACAUAGUGGAACAAUACACUAUUCUGGGAUAACAGAAAAUAUUGUUAUGAAUAACAUAUAUAUUUAAAAUAAAUUAUGUUUUUCUGUUAAA